UUGUGCUUCCAGGGAAACCUCCGCACGCCCUACCCGGGGCUGCUCUCGGUUGCCUGCUCGCCGCCCGCCGCCCGGGGCCCAUUCCAGCUUGCUUAGCUCCUAGCGACCCAAAUUCCGGCCCUGCCCCCGCUCCGCCCGCGUCCGCAGCUAGUGCGGCAGCCGCGGCCGCCCUGGUCCAGGCUCCGCGCUGGGACCGACCUCGUCCAGCGCCGGGCGGAGCGCGCAGCCGGAGCGCUUGGGAGAACAGAGAUGGAGACCCGACUGCCGCUCGCCGGGACCUGCUGAGCUUCUGCGGCUGCCGAGUUCACUUUACAUUUACUUUGACAAAGGCAAAUUUGGAGACAAUUACUUAAGAACAGUUUGUAUAACAUCUGGAUAAUCAAAAUAGUCACAAUGAAGCACUUCCUGAGAGUUCUGUUGGAAGAGUGCUAUCUUUUAUUUUUGACAGAAUGCUGAUCCAGGUGUGCCUGUAUUUUUAUUGUAAAUUUUUGUGGCGUUGCCUGAAAUUUGUAAUGAGAAAACUGACUGGAAGAUGUGAACUGCAACGAAUCUGUUAUAAUACCAAGCCUGGAGCUUCUAGAACCAUGAAAAUUGAAACAUCACUGAGAGAUUCAAAAAGUAAGCUAUUACAGACUUCAGUGAGUGUUCACCCUGAUGCUAUUGAAAAAACUAUAGACGACAUCAUGGAACUGAAAAAAAUUAACCCUGACAUAAAUCCACAAUUGGGAAUCUCUCUUCAGGCUUGCCUUCUGCAAAUUGUUGGCUACAGAAACCUUAUUGCAGAUGUGGAAAAACUGCGCAGAGAAUCCUACGAUUCUGAUAAUCCCCAACAUGAAGAAAUGCUUUUGAAGUUAUGGAAAUUCUUGAAGCCCAAUACUCCACUGGAAUCCCGGAUUUCUAAGCAAUGGUGUGAAAUUGGUUUCCAAGGUGAUGAUCCUAAAACAGAUUUCCGAGGAAUGGGACUUUUGGGACUGUACAAUUUGCAGUAUUUUGCAGAAAGAGAUGCUGCAGCAGCUCAGCAGGUCCUCUCUGAUUCUCUUCAUCCCAAAUGCAGCAAAUUCAGCAAAGCAGAAUGGGAGAAGAAAAGGAUGGAUAAAGCAAUUGGGUACUCGUUUGCAAUUGUGGGCAUCAAUAUAACUGAUCUGGCAUAUAAUCUACUGGUGAGCGGAGCUCUAAAAACUCAUUUCUACAACAUCGCUCCAGAAGCUCCAACAUUAUCACACUUCCAGCAAACAUUCUGUUAUUUGAUGCACGAGUUUCAUAAGUUUUGGAUUGAAGAGGACCCUAUGGACAUAAUGGAAUUUAAUCGUGUGCGAGAGAAAUUCCGCAAGAGGAUCAUAAAACAGCUGCAGAAUCCAGACAUGGCAUUGUGCCCGCACUUUGCUGCCUCAGAAGGUUUAAUCAACAUGUAGUCACCCACGCUUGUUUUAAUGGGUAGCCCGGAACACUGCCUCAUUAUUGUGUUAGAUCUCUGCUUAGGUCCCAGCUCAUGCACUGAAUGCACUCAGUGAUUGUAUGCAUGCCUUUUGUUACAGUGUUUUCAUAUCUUGGUCAUAAUUACCAGAUCCCCAGAUACCACAGUGUCUGGAGUAUCUGUCAUCCAGUGACUGCUCAUAUUGUGGCAUCAUGCAGUGUUACAUCUUGCCUUGACACCCAGUAUGGAGAGAGUUUUCUAUUUUUUUAAAUUGUCUUCCUCUCACUCAUAAUUUAGCAUUGAAGAAUUGUAUUUCUCUAGCUGUAUUUUAUAUGUAAAAGAUUUAGCUGAAUUUUGUUCUGUGAAAGCCUUUUAAUUUAUUGAUAUGUUUUGUGACUACAGCUGCUAGCUCUUCAGACCAGGUUCAUGCUUGGACCUCAUUCCAAUAAAGUAUAAGAAUUUAAAAUGAUACAAACAGAUACAGGAUAAGAUAAAUCAUUAUUACAAACACCACUGCACUUCAUGAAAAUGUAACAAGGCUUACAAGAAGCAAAUUUAGGUAGGUGUUGUUUUUGUCUGAAGCACUAUGGAAUUAUACUGUAAUUUACCCCUAGUUGUAAUUGUGGCAUUGUCAUCUGGACAUCGUAUUAUUUUAUUCUCAUAAUUUUACUGGCUUGGAUGCCUAAAUAUGUUUAUGAUGCUUCAGCCUCAGAAAAGAAGUACGCAUACUGCAAAUGCUGCAAAAGCUUAUUCACUGCCUGCCUCUUGCUGAACUCAGAGUUAAACCCAGGCCCUGUUCUGAUCCAAGCAUCUUUGCUUGGGGCACUGAGUGCUGGCUGGUUUGUUCUCUAUGUCAAAAAGUAAUAUUAAAAAAUUUUUUUGCAAGAAACUGUGUGUUGCAAGAGAAGAACCUGACUUAUGAAACUAAUGGCCCUGUCUUUUAUCAGUGGAAGAAGUAAAUUGCUUGGCAGGGAAACAAAAUUAAAUCAUUUUGAAACUGCUUAAAGUCAUCUAAAAACCAUGAUUUAGUUCAGAAUUAUGAUUAUAGUCUGUUGAAUAGUAUUUACCAUGGCAUUUCAUCCCCAUGGUAUUUUAUACCUUCUGACUAUCAAUUUUAGUAUUAUUAGACGUUUGCAUAAUCAUUUGCUUAUUUAAGUGAAUUUUGAGUAUGGCCUAACUCAGUUAUGAAUAAAUUACAUGUCAUUCUACUAUAAUGUAUAGUGGAUUUCAUUUUAAUAUUUUUGUGUUUGUACACCUUCUGAAUAUGCAAAUAUGCGGGUGGGUAGAAUGUCAAAGACUGACAACCUGGAGCUAAAUAUAAAUCAUG